AUGACUGUUACUUAUGACAGCAAAGCCUCGCAACUGCCGGCCGAAGCCGCGACAGCGGGCAGCACCUCCAACUUUGACGGUCAGCAGACCGUCUUCUACGAGGAGCUUGGCUGCCUCGACGCCGAGACCUUUACUCGUGCCGCCCACCUGGCGCCCAACGUUCCGGAAGCGCCCGCCGCCUGGACGUACCGGUGCGUCGGCCACUGCGGCCUCUCCCCCUCUCUCUGCGUCGCGCACCUGCAGGCCCAAGUCGCCGAGCUGCGCGCCACGGCCGACGACGUGGCAGCCAAGUACAGCCGCGGCGUAGGUCCCAUCAACAAGGGCUCCGGCCUGCUCUUCCCGGGCCGGCAGCAGUCGGCCGGCUGCAGCCGCUCGCCCGCGUGGGAUGCGCUUGAGUGUCCGAGCCCGUGGUUCCCGGCCGACGGCACCGGGGUGCCAGCGCCCAAUUUUUCCGCGCUCUUCAACGUCCGAACCAAGGGCUUCGUGCUGGUGGACCGCUGGGAGAAGACGGACGUGGCCUGGCUCGAGGGCACCGUGUCCCACGCGGCCGUCGGCGCGGCCUGGCGGCUAACAGGCGUCGAGGUCCGGUGCGUCGACAACACGCGGGAGACGGCGCCGUGGGCGGCGCAAACAUCACUCGACGGCGGGCACCGGGGCCAGUUCACCUACUGCUGCCAGCUCCCGACGCUGGGCACCGAGCAGGACGCGCUCGCGCAGCAGCUCUUCGCCAUUGGCGCGCUGCGCAACGCACGCGUUCUCAGCGCCGUCAUGUGCUGCGUGGAGCUGUACCACACGGCCGCUCGGCUCCUCGAGAUGCGGGACGCGACGAUGGCAAGCGGGCGCGAGACGCGCGUCGGCGGGCUGCGGACGACGACACACGGCGUGGCCUUCUCCGCGGUGGCGCUGCGCGGCGACGCGCUCCCGCCCAAGCUCAGCGGCUACGCGACGUGCCCGACGGCGGCGUUUGCGGCGCUCUGCGCACGCGAGCACGCGACGGGAGCGAUGCGCAACACGAGCGUCUUCGCCAUGGGGCUCGGCUACGACCGCGGCGUGUACGGCGGCAGCAUCGCCGGCCUGUGGGCCCUCAUGGACGCCGGCUUCAUGUACGACUACUCGACGGGCAGCUUUAGCCGGCGUCUGGGGCAGCGCAUCGGCGACGCCUUUGCCGCGGCGCGCGCGCACGACGCGGGCGACGCCGCGCUCAACGCGCACCUGCUUGAUGUCGUCACCAUCAUCGCCUGCAACUUCACCGCCAUCAAGGCCAAGGCGGCGCUCGAGGACCGGCGGCGGCUGGCCUCGCGGCCGUGCAUGGCCGUGUGGGAGGACCUGGCGGCCGCGGCGCGCUACCGCAUGGCCGACGCCGCGUUUGCGCACGUCUGGUACGACAGCCCCAACGACAUGCGCAGCCUCGUCAUCGGCGGGCUCGGGUGCGCGAUGCACGACCUCGUCGACGUCGGGCCCGACGUGGCCUGCGGCGAGGUGAGCAACCUGAUCCCGUCGCUGACGGGGGGUGACCUGUCGGCGGGCGCGCUGCGCGGCGUGUACGUCGGGCUCAUCGCCACGCUCGAGUGGUACGCCGACCACGACCCGUUCAACACGUCGGCGCUCGCCAUCCUGUUCACGCACUGGUGGCAGCUGUGCAACCUGCGACACCGGCUGGUCGCGCUCAUGAGCCGUCUCGCGCCGUCGCCCGCCUACGCCGUCUGCCCGGAGAAGCUGGCGGGGGAGCUGACGUUUGCGUGCAUCACGCCCGGCCACGGGCUGCGCUUCGCUGAGGGGCAGGCCGUCAUAGAUGCGCAGCGCGCGGAGCUGGCGCGCAUCGAGGCGGAGCUGGCGGCCGCUGGUGUCACGGAUCUCGACGGGCUGAUCCAGAAGCUCGUGCGCCCGGUGCUGGAGUACGCCGACGGCAAGGAGACGCGCCUGCCGGUCGAGGUGGUGUACUGUGCCGACGUGCUCGAGGCGAUGCUGGCGCGCGCCCACUCGGACAAGAUCCGCGCGCUCUGGCGGCUCAUGCUCGUCAUGUGGAAGUGCGGCGCCAUGUGGAUGGCCGUCCUGGCCAACACGCAGUACGCGCACCAGGGGCUGACCAACUGCGACCGUGGUCGCGACGACUACAACGCGGCGACAUGGGGCAAGGCCGAGGCGGCAGAGGCGCGGGACGUCGUAGGGACUGAAGAGCUCGUAAAGGACGGUAGCAACAGUGUCGGUUUCCAGUGGCUACUCUCCAAGGUACGCAGCCUGGCGGAAAGGCUAUGGGCUGUCGUAGUAUAG